UGUCGCUUUAACACAUGAAACCAAAGCAGAGAAGAAGAAGAAGAUUUUCAUGUUCCCUGACCGGUGACAGGCUAAACCAAUGGAAGUAAAAACUAUGACAUUUGCUUCUGAAAUACUGGAAUAUUUAUGAUCUUUUAUUUAGAAAUCAAUUUAACGUCUAAUACUGGAAAAAUGGACGAGUAAAUGUUAGCGAGUAGCUGUGUUAGCUAACUAACGUGGGGCUACUAGCUAGGUCGCUGUAGCGUCGUUUGUUUGUUUGCCGCUAUCAUGAGCGAAGAAGACGCUUCUGUAUUAUCAAGUAAGGACAAAGACUCCACUCUUCUGCUUACUAAAGACGGACAUAGAUACUAUGUAACAGUGAGUUAGACAGCAGGUUGAUAACGGAUCAGUCCAGACAACACAAAUAACGCCGACACAAGAUCCAGGCGUUUGCGCAAGAACAACGCCUCCUACGACAUGGACGAUCCGGACGAAGAGAGCGACGUUCUGGACGCCUCAGAUCCCAGAGACGGCGCAGCUAGCCCGGAGGAGCUCAACGACGAAGAAACCUCCGAGGGCGACAACGCCCCCAAACAGUGUACCUACGAGGGGUGCACGGAGACAACAACGCAGGUGGCCAAGCAGAGAAAGCCAUGGAUGUGCAAAAAACACCGCAACAAAAUGUACAAAGACAAGUACAAGAAGAAGAAGAAUGAUAAGGCCAUGUCCAGUGGGAAACUUGAUGAAAACUCUGAAGAACGUCCUGUGUCUGUGAACAAACAGCGUCUAGGUGCCAUGGGGGACCGUCCAGCCAGACCUUCUCUGAUAGAGCAGGUCCUCAACCAGAAAAGACUGUCACUUCUCAGGAGUCCAGAGGUGAUCAGCUUCCUGCAGCAACAGCAGCAGCUUCUAGCCACACAGAGCCGUAGCCAGUCACAGCAGCAGUUCCAGGGCUGCUGACGGUGGGUGGCGGGCGUUAGUUUUUGUGAUGCAUAAAGCGCACUAAAGAAAUACACUGGCAUCUGAUGCAUAAAUGAAUCGUAAGCAUACACUGAAAGCAUGGAUUUCUUCCGUCAUGCAGAGACAGAAUAAAAGGACAUUUUGAAGUUGUGCUGAGAAUGGAAGACUAAACUGAUUCAACUCCCAGAGAGUGAAGAUUUCUUCAAAUCACACACUGACCCUGUAUUUAAACCACGACUGGUGCUGUUUUUGGUACAUUUUGUCCUACGUUUAAGCCAAUAUUUGUUUUCACUUUUUGUUCAUUUUAAAAACAUUGUGUCCUGUUCUGUUAGUUUUGUUUGGCGUUAAUACAGAAGUUUAGUUGUUGAAACUCCAGUUCAGACUGUUUUCUUUGGAUGAAUUACGCCUUAUUGCAAAUGAUGUUGUGAUUUGGUGCUGUAUUAAUAAAAUAAAAUUGAAUUAUGAAUCCUUAGUGUGUGUGUGUGUGUGUGAGAUUUAACUUGAACUGCUACUGUUGUGACAAUCAUUGUGUGGUACAUGUUUCCUGCAGGUUGAGGACUUGGUUUUGACAAGACUUUGUCUAUUCUCCCUGAACUUAAGUGAUAACUGAAUACAGAAGAGGAGGAGGGAUAUACUUUACAAAUGAAACUCUGUUACUGCAUGAUCCCCCUGUGUUUAAGUUGUAGUGUCUGUCCCUGAUGACUAUAUGACAAUAAAACAGAUGCAAUAUGA